AUGAAUGCCACCAAUUUGGUUCCGGCUCCAAUGAUUUAUUUAACACUGGGUAUAUCAAUUAUUGGAUUAAUUGGCAAUUUAACAAUUGUUUUUGUGACUGUUUGGAAUAAACGUCUUCAAUCGAGAUGCAAUGUUUUGAUUGGUUUAUUAGCUCUUUUUGAUGCAAUUGUUUGUAUUUAUCUGAUUCACUUGAGAGUUCUUAUGAUAUUAGACAUGUAUAUGAUUACUUCUACAAAAUGUUUUCUUUUCUCAAGUUACGGUCUUUUUGCUCUGAAUAUGCAAAGCUCAUUAGGUCUUGUUAUCGGAUUAGAUCGACUUUACAAUGUGACUUUCCCAACUCGAUAUUCUCAACUGUCUAAUUCCGUUUACACAUCGUUUAUUCUGAUGUGUGUAAUAUUCUCAUUUGUCAUCACUUUCUCUGGAUAUUCCUAUUCAUCAGAUACGGAAAUUGUUUCCGUCUGUCUACCACCAACUGCCUACACUGAUAAGUCAAGAGUUAUAUGGAUUGGAUCGAACUUUAUAAUUUCAAUUUUAGUAAUUUUGGUUUAUGGAGGAGCACACAUUCGCUGCCGAAUACUCAAAGCGAAUCAUGUACACGAACAAACAGUGGAAACGGUGAAUCGACUGCUGAAAUCUUUGACCGUAGUCAUUGCUAUAUAUGUCUGCACGUGGUUUCUCACGAUAAGUUCACUCGUUGUGUCUCAGGUAAUUACAUUUUCGCCAUUGGUAACAGCGGAAAUCAAUAGACAGCUGGGUUGGCUAGUCAUUAUCAAUGCUUCACUCAACUUUUUCGUAUAUUUUUGGAGAGCAUCUGAAUACAGAAAAGCCUUUCUUCGACUCUAUGGGUUAUCACGCUUGUUUAGAACUGAAAGUACUUCGAUGGAAGCAGCUAGCCGAGUGUUGAAAUCGUCACAUGUUCGGAUUUGA